AUGACAAAUACUAUCCUGGAACCUAUGGAAGAGAGAAGACAAUACAAAAACAAGGACACAGUAAAAUACGAGGAACUACACAAAAGAGUUGUGAGAUCAAUCAAGGAGGCUGAAGAACGGUGGAUACAGGAAAAAUGCAACGAAAUUGAGAUAUUACAAGCAAAACACGACAGCUUUAAUAUUCAAUUGAAAAUAAAGGAAUGUAUCAAAAACGGAGUGCUGACAGAAAGAUGGAAACAGUAUAUGGAGGAGCUUUUCGGAGACGGAACCUUCGACAAUGUGACUGCAGUGGUUGUGCUUAUAACUCCCGAUAUGCAACCUGUUAAAAACAAGGCACGAAAACAAGCAAUACAUUUUCUAGCUCAGGAACUAAAGAGGGAUAUUUUUAAAGACAUUUCUAAAAAAGAAACAACUACUUCGUCGAAAAAGUUAAACAAGUCACAAACCACGUCGUCACACAAGUCAAACAAACCAUCAAAAGCUUCGUCAAGAAAAUCAGCUGUAUUGCCGACCACCAGCAAAUCUGCAGCAGAAGAAGUUUGGAUCUGCUCAAUCUGUGAUAUAGAUUGCGUAGCUGAUAUGCGAUCCUGUGGAACCUGGGUGCAUGAAGAAUGCGUUGGUUUAACUAAAGAAGACAAAGAGAACUUUAUUUGCACCAAGUGCUGUUAUAGCUAUCUUCAUCUUAUUUAA